AUGGGUCAACUAGGAGAAGUCGCAGUUUAUGUGAUGCUAACGGGUAUUAUUCAAUUUGCGUACUGUUUACUCGUCGGAACGUUUCCAUUCAAUUCAUUUCUCUCGGGUUUUAUUUCGACUGUUGGUUGUUUCGUUCUAGCCGCAAGUCUGCGCAUUCAAUUGAACAAAGCAAAUCAAUCGACAUUCAAUGUCACACCAGAACGUGCAUUUGCUGAUUUCGUUUUCGCUCAUAUUAUCUUACAUUUAGUUGUGAUGAAUUUUAUUGGAUAG